UUAGAGUUGAGAGUGCAAAGUGUAUGUGCAGCACUGCGCUGCCAUGUGUUUUGUUGCUGCGCUGUUGUCAGAAUGUGAAGUCGUCCCGUUUUACAAUACGAAUAAACAGAUAAGCAUAGGAAAAUCAAAGCGGUCGAUGCGUUUUACCACGGUCCCAGGAAAGAUCAACUGCAGGGCUGUGUAUGACCGAUAGCAAAGGGAAGAGUGACGUGAAGUUUGGGGAGGUUGCUAUGGCGCCCCCAACACUCAGUGAAGCCAAGGAAAGCCCAGACCAGGGUGGGGGUGUGAAGGGGCUGCACCUGACCUCCUUGAUGGACAUGCCCCUGGCCGCGGGUGCUGGCUCAGUAAAACCCUCAAUGGUCAGGCACAAAAUGAUGCUGGAGGAGAGGGAGCGUGUGGUCAAGGCUUACCGGGACCUCAAGAAAAUCAAACAUGAGCUUCUCCACUCUAACACAGCCAGCCUGAAGUGGCUGCAGAACCUCAAGUAAACCAGCGAUGCCCCAGGAACAGCAGGGUCUUUCAUGGGAUUAUAAAUGGACACAGUGACGCCGCUGGGCUAAUAUAUAAACCCUGAGUAUAUCCUAAAAUGUUGAAUUACGGGCCCAAGUCUCUUGGAAUGAAAGCUGAGGCAAGCAUAAUUUUGUAUUGACUGAAGAAAAAUGGACUGUGAACCUGGUCAGCUGUCUUUGGGAAGCUUUUCUCAGCCGAGCCACUAGGUGGCAGUAGAGACUUGAACUAAAAAAUAAGUCCCUGAUUAGGAUCAUCUAUCUCCAAUAACUUGCAAUACAGAGCCAUAAACAAUACAUAUAUGUAUAUAUUUUUACUAACUGAUUAAAUGUGGACUGUA